CCAAAAAAAAAAAAAAAAAAGAAAUUUUGUUUAAAAAAGCUUUCUUCUUCCUUUAUUAGUAGUUCACUUGAGCAAAUUUGAGAUCCAUUUCUUGUCUGUCUGAAGAGCUUUGACCUCAGAUUUGUUCUGUCAACUUUCAUGGGAAAGUCCCCCUCAACUUCUGGAUUCGGUUUCCCUUUAAUAAUUUAAUCCCCAUUUCUCAGAUCUCUUUUCCCAAUACUACAAAUCACUCUCUUCUCACACUUCUUCCUCCACAUUUCUUCUGUUUCAAUGGCCAUUUCUUCUUCCAACUGAAAAUUUUCCCCAUUUUUCCAUCUGGGUGUUUCUCCUUUUCUUCAUUUUCUCCUCUGUUUUCCCUUUCAAUCGAUACCCAGAUGGCUCCCAGCUCUGUUGUGGUCACAAUUGAGAAGCAUAACAGCUUCCCUUUAGUGGAAAUCAAUGGCUCUGAUUCUUUGUUACUUCCUGAGAAACAGAAGGCUGCUAGUCCCAAGCAGCUCACGUGGGUUCUUCUUCUCAAAGCUCACAGAGCUCUGUUUUUCUUCUCAUGGCUGGCUAUGACUGUGAAAACUGUGUUUGCUUCUGUUAAGAAACGCAUUGCUCAUGCAGAUAUUAGCGAAGAUGAUUCCAAAAGCCGAGGGAAGUUGUAUAGAUUCAUCAAGGCUUUUCUUGUUAUUUCAAUUGCGGGUUUAAUCGUUGAAGUUGUUGCUCAUUUCAAGAAGUGGAAUCUACAAAUGAUUCAGCCAUUGGAGCUUCUUGAGGUUCAUGGGAUUGUUCAAUGGUUUUAUGUUUCCUGGCUUUCGUUUCGUGUUGAUUACAUUGCUCCGUUGGUAUUAAUGCUUUCCAAAUUCUGCAUUAUUCUGUUCUUGAUUCAAUCCCUCGAUCGUCUUGUUCUCUGUUUUGGCUGCUUUUGGAUCAAGUAUAAGAAAAUCAAACCCACGAUUCAAGAUGAUGCUUAUGAUUUGGAAGAUGCUUCAACUUUUCCUAUGGUUCUUGUUCAAAUCCCAAUGUGUAAUGAGAGAGAGGUCUAUGCACAAUCAAUUGCUGCUGCUUGUGAGCUUGAUUGGCCAAGGAAUCGGAUUUUGAUUCAAGUUCUAGAUGAUUCAGACGAUGGAAAUCUUCAGCGUUUGAUCAAAGAAGAAGUUCUGUCAUGGAAUGAAAAGGGUGUUAAUAUUGUUUAUAGACAUAGAUUGAUCCGAACUGGUUACAAAGCUGGGAAUCUCAAGUCUGCUAUGGCUUGUGAUUACGUUAAAGAUUAUGAGUUUGUAGCUAUUUUAGAUGCAGAUUUCCAGCCCAACCCUGAUUUCCUUAAACUAACUAUCCCUCAUUUCAAGGGAAAUCCUGAGCUGGGUCUUGUUCAAGCUCGUUGGGCGUUUGUUAACAAGGAAGAAAACUUACUUACAAGACUCCAAAACAUCAACUUGUGCUUCCACUUUGAAGUGGAGCAGCAAGUUAAUGGGGUUUUCUUGAAUUUCUUUGGAUUCAAUGGAACAGCAGGCGUUUGGAGAACGAAAGCACUUGAGGAAUCUGGUGGCUGGCUCGAGCGAACGACCGUGGAAGAUAUGGAUAUCGCAGUUCGAGCACACUUGAAGGGAUGGAAAUUCAUCUUCCUCAAUGAUGUUAAGGUGCUUUGUGAAUUGCCUGAAUCAUAUGAAGCUUACAAGAAACAGCAACACCGUUGGCAUUCUGGUCCAAUGCAGCUCUUCAGAUUAUGCCUUCCUUCCAUCAUUACUUCAAAGAUAUCGAUAUGGAAGAAGACCAACUUGAUAUUUCUGUUCUUUCUCUUGAGAAAACUCAUACUUCCAUUUUACUCAUUCACUUUGUUUUGCAUCAUACUUCCAUUAACAAUGUUUAUUCCAGAAGCAGAAUUGCCUCUUUGGGUAAUCUGCUACAUCCCAGUCUUCAUGUCCUUACUAAACAUUCUUCCAUCUCCAAAAUCCUUCCCUUUCUUGAUCCCAUAUCUCUUGUUUGAGAACACCAUGUCUGUCACAAAGUUCAAUGCCAUGGUAUCGGGGCUAUUCCAGCUCGGAAGUUCAUACGAAUGGGUCGUGACAAAGAAGACAGGACGAUCAUCUGAAUCCGACUUCUUAGCAUUCGCAGAACGAGAGUCGAAAACAUCGAACGAGGAGAAGAUUCUAAGGAGACAUUCGGAGUCGGGGCUCGAGUUAUUGAGUAAAUUGAACCAACAAGAGAUCAACAAGCAAAAGGGUUCAAAGAAGAAGAGAAACAAAGUGUAUAGAAAAGAGCUAGCUCUUGCUUUUCUGUUGCUCACUGCAUCUGCUAGAAGCUUGCUGUCUGAACAUGGAGUUCAUUUCUAUUUCUUGCUUUUUCAAGGUUUGUCAUUCCUGGUGGUGGGCUUGGACUUGAUUGGUGAGCAAAUGAACUAAAAAAAUGUUUGGAGUGGAUUUCAUAAGUUUUUUUUUUUCUUUUCUUUUUGGUGUUUUAGGCCCUUCAAAGAUUGGGCACAGAAUGGACUAAAAAAUGAUAGAUUUUGAAAAGAAAAAAAAAGGUAUUUGGUGUUUGAAAAUUGGUAGAUAAAGAUUUUUAGAGUUUUUUUUUUUCUUCAGUAAAUUUGUACAAUGAUACGUUAUAGUAUUGUUAGUAUAUGGGUUUCAAACACGAAAUAAUGGCAAUUCUGAGUAUAAGAGAUAAGUUAUUCUAA